AUGAUGCACAUUCAUCGAAACGACCUUUUGACGAUUGAGAGCACUUCCGCCUCAAAACCAAGUCUUCUGUCAUCGUUCUGGAGCAUCAACGUCCAAGUUCAGAACAAUGAGCGUCUCGAUCUCGAUCCAAAGACUUGCUCUCAAUUCUCGUUGCCAGAGGUUGCUCAGAACGACUGUCAAAUGGACACAACUCAGCGUCUUACUCGCAGUCUUUCAGUCACCGAGCUCUCCACCAAGUACGAGACUCCAUCAUCAUCUGCGGAACUGCCAGCAAACUUCAUGACAGAACAAGGCAAGCCACAACCACCACCGUCAGCAAAGGAAGCUGCCUCAUGCCGAGUCGCUGAUUGGCUCACUAAUCUCGACAUUAAUAAGUAA